GUGAAAAUCAACGAAUGUUCUCAUUCAAUUUUCAGUCAAUAAAGGUACAAUAUUAGAUAUUCAAAAUUAUUAAUUUUGGGUAUAUUUGUAUUUUGUUCCUUGAAGCACUUCGUCGUUACGUUCUCAAAAUGGUAGAAGCUCCUCAAGAUGUCCGCAAAAUUCUUGAAAAUGUUGCAGAAAGUGAAGGCUUCACUGAUUCGACAUUUAAAUUUCACGAAAGAAAUAGAGCUGAGGAAGGUUAUAUGGGUGAUUUGUACUUCGUGACUAUUGAGGAUGGACAAAGUAAGGAGAAGCGAGAAGUAAUGGUGAAGAAAGCCAAAGAAGAGGAUAUUGUUAGAAACAACUUCCCCUUGGAAAAAAUAUAUUCGAAUGAGUGUCAAUUUUACGAAACCAUAUGGCCAACUUUUCAGAAAUUUCAGGAAUCCGCCCAGUGUGGAACACUGUUCAAUAAAAUAGCGAAAUGUUACGCAACAGACAUGGAAAAGGGCAAAGAAAAACUGGUUUUGGAAAAUUUGAAGAAAAGCGACUUCAGAGUUAUGAAGAAAGGUGUUUUCUUCGACAAACAGCAUUUCGAGAUGAUUUUCAGGGAAUAUGGAAAAUUCCACGGAUUAUCUAUGGCCUAUAAAUCGAAAUUUCCCAAGAGUUUCCAAGAAAUAUCCAAGAACUUGUACGACUAUUGGAGUGGUCUCGAAGACAUGAAAGUAUUGAAAAAUGGUAUCACACUUGCCUUGCAAGAGUGUUUGGAAUUCAUUGCCGCGGAACCAGAAAAAGAGAUGAUCACUAAAUUUGAAGAUAACUACGUAGGCAAAGGAACUCAAGGUUUUUUGGAAGUCACCAAAUAUGAGGGAAAGUAUCCUGUAAUUACUCAUGGAGACACGUGGAGCAGCAACUUGAUGUUCAAGCACGAUGAAUCCGGAAAGGCGAUAGACAUGAGAACCGUCGACUUCCAACUCAUGAAACUAGGCACGGUAGUUUUCGAUUUGUCCUACGCUAUGUACUCUGGAGGAUCGAAGGAAAUAUUUGAUGAACUGAAACACUACCUCGACGUUUAUCACAAAUCCCUUUCGAGUGCUUUGAAAGAACUUCAAUGCGAUGUUGAGGAACUGUACCCCAGGAAAGAACUGGAAAACGAAUGGAAAACCUACUGUAAAUUUGGAUUCUUGAUGGGACUUCUAACCCUAAAGGAAAAUCUAGUUUAUGAAAAUGGAAACCUGGACAUUACUGAAAUCAUCCAGAGAAGCGAAGAAAUGAAGGAAGUUGAAGUUGGAAGAUACAAUAAAGAUGAAGUUCACAGAAAAUCUGUGGAGCUGAUUAGGCAUAUGUAUACAAGUGGUUUCUUAUAAAAAAAUUAUAUUCAUCAGUGUAGAUAAUUAUCUAUAUAAAUUAUAUAUGUAUUUUGUACCUUAUACCAAAAAAUAUAUUUUUAAAUAAAUAAAAUAAAUUGAAAUCCCA